AUACGACGCGGUGGACUUUUAUAGUCUUCUCUUUUGAUAUUUCAAUUGAUACAUUCUUCUUUGGCAGCAGAUCUCUUUUGUUUUUUUCUUCUUUCUUCUGCUUUCUUUGAUCCAUCGCGUUUGGAUUUUCUAAUUAUAUUAAUCUUGCAACACAUGGAACUUCCUAGAUUUCACGUCACUAUUUUUGAAGAAAACAUUUUUCUCUAAAUCACCCGCUAUUUCUGUUUAUUUUAUUUUAUUCUCUUCUCAACUGUAGUUCGUUUUCCGUCGAUCUAAGGUUUCGGAGCUUCUCGUGGCCUUGGACUGCAGGCAUGUACAAUGAUUAUUAACUUUCUGUCCCUUCUAAAAAUGGGAAGCAAUCUCAUUUGGAAUUUCAUUAGUUCUUCAUAUCAAUUGUCUAAAAUCAGAGCAUCAUUUUCCACAUUGUGAAGCAAUAUAUCUGUGGAUAUACAAGGCUGAAGUCACUGGUAUAUCCUACAGUUAUGACAUGUCUAUCAUUCUUAUGCGGGCGAAAUUCAGCACAAAGCGAUCCGGUGCUUGGAGAUGAGCUCUCAGGAGUGCAAAAUGUUACUCUAUACCCAUACAAGGAGCUGACGAUUGCCACCAAUGGUUUUAGUAAAGCGAAUAAAAUCGGAGAGGGAGGAUUUGGUUCCGUCUAUAAGGGAAAACUUAGGAAUGGGCAGAUGGCUGCAAUUAAGGUUCUCUCUGCUGACUCGAGACAAGGAGUUAGAGAGUUCUUGACGGAGAUUCAAGUGAUUUCAGACAUAGAGCACGAAAAUUUAGUCAAGCUUUAUGGUUGUUGUGUGGAACAGAAUCAAAGAAUCCUCGUGUACAACUAUCUUGAGAAUAACAGUCUAGCAACGACACUUCUUGGUGGGGGUCACUGUAGCAUCCAUUUUAGCUGGCAAACACGAGUUAUGAUUUGUACAGGAGUUGCUAGGGGGCUUGCCUAUCUUCACGAGGAAGUUAGACCUCAUAUAGUGCAUCGAGACAUCAAAGCAAGCAAUAUUCUUCUAGACAAAUAUCUGAGCCCAAAAAUUUCAGAUUUUGGCCUUGCCAAGCUCAUACCUCCGAACAUGACUCAUGUUAGUACACGUGUUGCUGGAACCAUAGGUUACUUGGCACCAGAAUAUGCAAUAAGAGGUCAGUUGACACGGCGUGCAGAUAUUUAUAGUUUUGGGGUUCUUCUUAUUGAAAUAGUCAGCGGGAGAUGCAAUACAAAUACACGAUUACCCAUAGAAGAACAGUACAUUCUAGAAAGGACAUGGCAACUUUACGAGAGAAAAGAGCUUGUGUUACUAGUGGACACAGCGCUCAACAGACAAUUUGAUGCCGAGCAGGCUUGCAAGUUCUUGAAGAUCGGUCUGCUUUGCACGCAGGACUCUCCAAAGCUUCGGCCCUCCAUGUCUACUGUUGUCCGGAUGCUUACCGGAGAGCAAGAUUUUGAUGAAGAUGCAAUCACGAAGCCGGGACUGAUCUCUGAUUUCAUGGACUUGAAGAUCAAAAGCGAUCCAAAGCCAAAGCCCAACGCACACCUCACAUCGUCCAAUUUCAACUCAUCUGGUUCUAAUACAGCUGCGAACUCAACAUGGACGUCUGCGCCUUCUUCUAUUGCUACCAUGCCCUUCACCGCCGUUUAUGAUCGCAGCUCUUGAUGAUUAAAUCUCAAGGGGAAUCCGCUCGUUUGAGGGUAUUUUUUCAUUUGUUAGAGGAUUCUUGUACAAUUUGUACCCGGCUUGCUUAGAUUGCAUUGUUUCUUUUUUAUUUUUUUGUAGUUUUGUUCCAAGCUUGUGCUUCUCAUGAGACGAGAUAGCUAUGUAAAUGAAAAUGAAGUUAUCUAUGAAUUGCAUUUGUUAUUUGUAAAGGUAUAUAUUUUUUUACUAAGUUAAGAGUUGAUUCCUGCUCUCA